GCUUGUUUAAACUAGUUAAUUGCUUUUUAAUUUGCUAAUGUUGCUUUGAUGUCUAAUUAUAAUUAAUAAUGAAUCUUAAAACAAAUUGUUAACUUCAACUAAAUUAGAUGGCACCUCAGUUGCCGCUUGAAUCAUGAUUAUCUUCAAACUGUGUUUCUUAUUCCUGGUUCAGGAUAGUUCAUCAAAAAAAUUUCUUGUUGAAACGGUAGAUGAAUAUUUUGAUACUUCUCCCCCUCCAUAUGGUGAACAAGAGGACCCUGUGGAACCAGUAGCACCAAUUCAUCGUGGAAAAGGAGUAUGCCAGUCCACCCUACCCUGUCAAGUGCAUUUCUGGUUCUGGUUCAGAUUCUGCUCUCCCUGGAUGUGCUACACUAUGUCUCUAGGAGGAAAUUCUCCAGGCCCUUCAUAUAACUUACUGUCCCCGGAUUGGGUAAAAUCCGUCGAACCCUGUAGUUAUGGAAGAUUUACAAGUUCUGAAGGCGAAGAAUUUACAAUUGAAAGAAAAGAAUCUGGACCUGUAACAAUAAAUGGAUUUAAAAUUACAGAUGAAGCACACAAACAAGCAUUGUCAGGGGAAUCAAGUUUGCUGUUCAUGGAAGACAAGGCAGUUAAACUUAAAUUGACUUCUCCUGGUGUACUCACUUUUGGUGACCAAAAGCUGCCAGGAUCUAAAGGAGUAGACUUCUCAAUGUUAGGAAUGCCCUCGCAGCCAAUUGAUCAUGAUUGCUGAUAUAAUUUUUGAUGAUCUUUGUUAAUAUAAAAGCUAAAAAACUUUAAUAGUAACAAAAUUGCAUUUUAUCACACUGUGCAUAUGUUCUGAAUUAGAUACAAUAUGAAAUUAAACCAAUUCCUGCUGACAUGUCCUUUACACAAAAUACUGUAUGAGAUAACAAAAAUUGUUCAAAAUAUAUAUAAUAAAUUUACAGUUUUGAAACUAGCAAACUUAA